GAGAGAUCUCAUCAUGAUCGAGAGCGAUGGAGGUGGGAAAUGAGGAGAAAGGCUCGACGUGUACCAGUUCCAACAGGCAUGUGGGAGAUAUGAUCAGCUUUCGUGAUGCUGAGCUUGCCGCGUUGCUCCUUCCGUGCCCAAUAACAUGAGAGUUCCGCAAGAGGCGGCGCCAACCUAUGCAACUGUUGACUCGCCGCCCUACUGUCUGUCUGUCUGUCAGCCAAAGUUAACCAGUCAUCCCAUAUUCAUCUUGACAACUGACAUUCAGCAUGAGUUCAAGCCGAGAUCAGCCUGGUCUCUUGAGGCUGUCUGCUCAUCCGAACAACUAUGAAUGGGGAAAAGUAGGGAGCGAUUCUCUCGCCGCCAAGGUGGCUCCAGCGGCCGAAGGCAGUGGAUUUGAACUGGACGAGCAGAAACCUUAUGCGGAGCUAUGGAUGGGAACGCACCCAAACAAUCCAUCUCAUCUCUACGGCAAGGAGAUCUUACUCAGUGACUACCUCAGAGGUCGUCCCAAGCUCCUCGGAGACGCCGUCAAGUUUCCAGCUCGAUAUCCUGGAUCAGGCCCUAAAGAGAACGCAGACGGCCAUGUGCCCUUCCUGUUCAAGAUUCUAACGUGCAAACAAGCCCUGCCCCUACAAAUACACCCCGAUGUGGAGCUAGCGAAGAAGCUGCACAGUGAUGAUCCUGACAAAUUUCCUGAUACCAAUCACAAACCCGAAAUCGCAGUUUGCUUGAGCGAUUCCUUCUACGGCUUUGCACAUUUCAGACCCCUGAAAGAGAUCCAGGGGUUGAUUGACACAGUGCCGGAGCUGGACGACCUCUCUGAAUCUGUCAAGAAAUCCCUGUCGACUCUGAAAGAUGGACAUGGAUCGUCCAACAGUGCCAUUAAGGAUGCUUGGCAGGCUAUCCUGAAUCUUUUCGGCCAGGAUAAAUACUCGAAAGUCGUCAAUGGGUUCACAAAACGUGUCAAGUCGGAAGGUCCAUCAGCUUUCAAAGAUGCGGUCUCUUCAAACGGCGCAGAAGACUUGGCGCAUGCGUGCAAAAUACUCGAUGAGUACAAUCAUGGGGACGUAUCUAUCUUCGCGACAUUGCUAUUCAUGAAUCUCGUCAAGUUGAAGAAGGGGGAAGGGAUAUACGUCGGUGCGGAUGGACCGCAUGCUUGGCUCCAAGGGGAAAUCGUUGAGCUCAUGGCAGCUAGCGACAAUGUUCUGAACGUGGGAUUCACACCUGAGCAAGACAAUGUCCAGACUGUCAUCAGGGCUAUCACUGGCAAAUCAUUCAGUGUAUCUGACAUCAGCCUCAAUUCGACCACCUUCUCCAAAUCGUCAAAAGGCAAUACUCGAGUCUAUUCAGUUCCGUUUGAAGAAUUCUCCAUCAUGCACAUCACUGGUCCGGACACGUUGGAAGCUCUUUCAGGGCCUGGGAUCGCCAUCGCCCUGAAAGCGACGCGGCUUCAGGGCGAAGGGGUACCUAUGGGCAGUGUUUGGUUCGUACCUGCUGGAACGGAACUAUCUAUAGAGGGCGAUGGGGAGGUCUGGAUGGCGUUCUACGACAGCAAGAGUGAUCAGAAGGAGGUUGGGAAGAAUUAGAUCAAGUCUGUAUCUGUAGAGACCAUGCAUCCGAGUCGCAGU